UUAGACGCGCAAAUUUAACACAAGAUAAUAUGAGCGAGCGCGUGUUGAGUGCAGAUGAUCAGGGUAGAUGAUAUAGGAGUGUGUCUCGCUCCUCCUCCUCUGAAAUAACGAAAGUAAAGGGUGGCGUACAUUUAAUAGCUGCAAACAAAUGAGAAUUUGCUUUCCUUCGGUGAUACAAGAUUAUGAAAAGACAAGAGACAAAGUUGGAAAAGGACAAUGAAGAAGAUUUUACGAAAAGGCCCAAAAGAAUCUCUAGAGAGCCAGUGGUUAAAAUGGGAGAGAGGCCGGCUUCACCUGUUUCCAGCAGUGUGUCCAUGGCGAGUGAUUCAUGCAUGGUCUGGGAGAACCAGUUUUGCCAAAGUCAAAUGAGCACUGAAAAAAGUGCUGACAAAGACAGACCUCAGUCGCCGUCACCUAGCCUCAUCUCUAUGAAGAGUGACAGAUCAUUGGAGAUACCAGGGAACUUUAGUCAGGAUGAAAAGAGGAGUGAGGAACAUUGGCAUUCCACAGCAACAGCCGCACCAGAAUACACACUGCCAGAGCUGACUGCAGAACAGAAGGAGAGAUUCUGCCCAGAGCACUGCUUUCCUAUGGAAGUUUUCUGCAGGACAGACCAGAAACUGAUCUGUAAACAGUGUGCAAUUCUGAAACACAGAGGCCACAACAAAUGCUACACAAUACAAGCCAGGGUGUUCCAAGACCUUGACACACUGUGUUUACUUGAACAGACAUUGAACAACAUAGACAAAGAUGAGUUUAAUAGAUAUCUAUAUCAAAAUUAUCCAGAAUGCUUUGAGGCUCCAUGGGAGAACUGUGAUGUCCAUGACAUAUCUAAACAUGUUCUGGAGAAGUUUGGCUCAGAGGGUGCUCUGAAGAUAACUCUAAAAUUCAUUAUGGAGAAAGGGAGGCAUCUUAAAAACCUUCUGGAUCGUCUUAAAUGUAAACUACAAGGUAAUCUUCAAUCUAAAUUUGAAUGCAUAUGUGAGGGAAAUUCUCAGCAAGGGAAUUCAGUCUUUGUAAAUAAGAUUUUCACAAAGCUGCUGAUCACAGAAGGAGAGAGUGGAGGUGUUAACAGAGAACACGAAGUCAGACAGAUUGAAGAAUCAACAAAGAGUAAGGAAAGUCAAGAGAAAGCAAUUAACUGCAAUGAUAUGUUUAAACCUCUACCUGGACAGAAGAAGUGCACCAGGACUGUGCUAACGAAGGGCAUCGCUGGGAUUGGAAAGACAGUCUCUGUGCACAAAUUCAUUUUGGACUGGGCUGAAGGAAAGGAAAAUCAGGAUAUUCACUUCAUGUUCCCCCUACCUUUCCGUGACCUGAAUUUGAAGAGAUACAACAGAUGUAGCUUCAUUCAGCUUCUUCAUCAGUACUUUCCAGAACUUAAAGAGCUAAAAACCAUUAGCAGUGAGGAGGUAAAAAUCCUGUUUAUCUUCGAUGGUCUGGACGAGUGCCGUCUUCCUCUUGAUUUCAAGAACAAUGAAAUGUGCUGCGACCUGACUCAAGAAAUGUCUGUAGAUGUGCUGUUAACAAAUCUCAUCAUGGGGAAUAUACUUCCCUCAGCUCUGCUCUGGAUCACCUCCCGGCCAGCAGCUGCCAGUCAGAUCCCUCCUGAAUGUAUUGACCAGGUUACGGAGGUCCGAGGAUUUAAUGACUCUGAGAAGGAGGAGUACUUCAGAAAGAGGUUCAACAAACCAGGACUUGCUGACAAAAUUGUUGCACACAUAAAGUCCUCAAGGAGUCUGCACAUCAUGUGCCACAUCCCAGUCUUCUGUUGGAUAUCUGCCACAGUCCUGGAGGAGAGGUUGGAUAAAUCAGACUGUGCAGAUGUGCCCAAAACCCUGACUCAGAUGUACACCCACUUUCUCCUCAUUCAAACACACUCAAAGAACAAGAAGUACCAUGAAGUCAUACAGGACAACAUAGACCUGUCAGAAUCAGACCAGGAGAUGGUCACAAAACUGGCCAAACUAGCGUUUCUGCAGUUGGAGAAAGGAAAUCUAAUCUUCUAUGAAAAGGAUCUGACAGAAUGUGGCAUUGAUGUCAGCACAGCGUCUGAGUACUCAGCAAUGUGCACAGAAAUCUUCAAGGAAGAGUUUGGACUGUAUCGGGAGAGGGUCUUCUGCUUUGUACACCUGAGUAUUCAGGAGCAUCUUGCUGCAGUGUAUGUGCAGCUUGAAUGUGUGAACAACAACAAGAACAUUCUGAGUACAGAAACAGAGAGUCAGAGCACUGCACUGAAGAUGUCAGAUGUACACAAGAGUGCUGUGGACAGAGCCUUGCAGAGUGAGAACGGACAGUUUGAUCUUUUCCUUCGCUUUCUUCUCGGUCUCUCACUUCAAUCCAAUCAGGCUCUUUUGAGUGGACUGCUGUCCAAACAUUGUGAGGAAAGUUCUGAGGAAACAGUGACCUACAUUAAGGAGAGGGUCAGAAAUGAGUCUUCAGCAGAAAGGACCAUCAAUCUGUUCCACUGUCUAAAUGAACUGAACUACAAUUCCUUGGUGGAAGAAAUCCGUAAUUUCUUGAGAUCAGACAGGCAUUCAGAAACAGAGCUCAAACCUGACCAGUGCUCUGCUUUGGCAUAUGUACUGCUCACAUCAGAAGAUGUGAUGGAGGAAUUUGACUUGAAGAUGUGGAACACAUCUCUUGAAGGAUAUUCAAGGUUGCUGCCAGUUGUCAAGACUUCAAGAAGAGCCAUUCUUGCUGGGGCCAGUCUCACUGAUGAAUCAUGUGAAACACUUGCUUCGAUUCUCCAGUCAUCUAACUCACACCUGACAGAACUGGACAUGAGCUACAACAGUCUGGGGGAUUUAGGAGUCCAGCUUCUCUGUGCUGGACUCUCAGAUCCACAUUGUAAACUACAGAAACUGAAUCUCAGCCACAACAAUUUAGAACAUAUUGGAGUGAAGCUACUGUGUGACAGUCUAAUAAGUCCACACAGUGAACUGCAGACGCUUGGAUUGUCUGGUGUCAACUUCUCUGAACAGUCUUGCAAACAAAUGGCCUCAGUAUUACAGUCUGUAAAUACACACCUGAAAGAGCUAGACCUUGGAUGCAACAGCAUGAAAGAUUCAGGGGUAAAACUGCUUUCUGCUGGAUUGAUGAGUGUGCACUGUAAACUAGAGAAACUUGGGUUGGACAGAUGUGAGCUGGAAAAUGAAUCUUGUGAAACCCUGAAAGCUGUGCUGCAGAAACCCAAAUCAUGCUUAAGAGAGCUGGAUCUCAGCUACAACAAGCUGGGAGACUUAGGCAUGAAGCACCUCUGUGAUGGACUGACACAUCCAAACUGCAAACUGGACAAAGUUAAUCUCAGCUACAACAACCUUGGCCAUUCUGGAGUAGAAGUUCUGUGUGGUGGACUGAUGAAUCCUGGCUGUAACCUGAAGAGUAUAAGACUUGCAAAUGUUUGCAUUCUGGAAGGGGCAUGUGAACCUCUUGCCUCAGUUCUGGAAUCCGCAAAUCCACAUCUGAUAGAGAUGGAUCUUAGCAAUAAUUACAUUGGAGAUAAAGGAGUGAAACUGCUAUGUUCUGGACUACGAAGCCCAAACUGCAAACUACAAAAACUGAGUCUGGAUUGGUGCAGUCUCACAGACAGCUGUUGCUCAGAUCUAGCCUCAGUCUUGAGUUCCCAGUUUUGCUUGAGAGAACUGGAGCUGGGAGACAAUGACCUGCUGGAUUCAGGUGUGAAACUGCUUUGUGUUGGUCUUCAGGAUCCAAAAUGCAAACUGAAGAGACUGGGUCUUUCAGGGUGUUGUGUUACAAAAGAAGGCUGUUCUUCUCUUGGGUUAGCCCUGAGUUCAAAUCAUUCACAGCUAAAAGACCUUGACAUCAGCUACAAUCACCCAGAAGAACAUGGUUUGAAAGAGCUUUCCACUAUACUGGACAAUCCUCACUGUAAACUGAUGAAACUGAGUACGGAAUAUGGUGGCAAGUGCAGAAUUAAACCAGGACUGCAGAAGUAUGCAUGUGAGAUCACACUAGACCCAAACACAGCACACCGAACCCUGUCUCUGAAUGGAAACAAAAAUGUGACUAUGACAAAAGGGGAGCAACCGUACCCCGACCAUCCAGAUCGGUUUGAGUACUAUGCUCAGAUUUUAUGCAGAGAAAGCCUGAGCAGGGGUCGGUUUUACUGGGAAGCAGAGUGGACGGGGGAUGUGGUUUACAUAGGAGUGACAUACAAAGGAGUCAACAGGAAAGGUCGUGGGAAGGACUGCAAACUGGGCACAAAUAACAAAUCUUGGAUUCUGUUCUGUUCAGAUGACUAUGGGUAUUAUGUCAGUUAUAAUGACAAGGAGACAGUCAUUCCUACACCCAACCCCUGCAAAAAAAUGGGCAUCUAUGUAGAUUGGCAGGCUGGCACACUCUCCUUUUACAUUGUAUCCCCUAACAGGGCAUUCCACACAUAUACAUUUCACACCAACUUCACUGAGCCCUUGUAUCCAGGCAUUAGGGUUUAUAGCUAUGACGAUACAGUCACAUUGUGCACGCUCAAAUAAUAAACACUUAGUGGAGUAAAACAGUUCUGGAUUACUGCUGUUUUGUAAUCUGUUUUAAAAUAGCAUUCUAUUAUUUUGUAAUUCAAAUAAGAUGAAAUUGAGCAAUGUGGUCUUCUGGGCCCUAAAUUCACAUAAUGACUGCAUUCUGCUGGCUUUGUCAAAAAUGUUAAGACUCAAACUAAUUUCUCUAAAUGGCAUUCACAUUUAUCUCACUUAAAAUGAGAAAGAUUUUAAAUUCUUGAAAAAUGUUGUGUUAAUUGAUUUUAAUUAUGUUAUUAUUUAUAUUAUUAAUAGUUGUUGUGGUAAUUAUUUAUUCUUUUUUGUUCUUGAUGAUGUUUGGCAGAAAAUGUAAACAUUUAUUUUAUCCAAUGUUUAAUAGUAAAUGACUGUUGGUGGACUUUAUCUUGGUUUCACCUCAGUUUCAGAAAACUGAUAUCUAGUCCACCUGUGUCAUUUCUGAGUUUUUAAUGUAUGGUGUUGAGUAAAUGGCUCCAAACACACUUCUAACAAGCAUUAGAAUGUAAUCAAUAUUAACAUAUCAUGUAAUAGUUGUGGAAUCAGUGUGCAUUUGAUUUUUAAGUAUUUUCUUUAUGAACAGAUGCUAGUCAUUUAAUAUAUUAAAAAGUCAAUCAUAUUUAACUAGCUUUUGCUGACAUUGGCAAUAUUUUAUAAAAAUGAUUAUUAAUGACAUAUUAAUUUGGAUUGUGACUGCAACAUAAAAGAGGCAUAUAAGUGUCAGUUUUAUUUUAGGGGAGGCCCAUAAAAGCACAUAAAACAUAAAAUAAUAAAACUCCAAAUCAGACAAAGUUGGGACAGUUUGAAAAGUACAAAAAAACAGUGUUUCUUACCUUGAAGUUUAUAUAAUUGUUAAGCACCUUUUGUAUAAAUAUGCUGUUAUAUUGUCACAUUGUCUGUGAGGGUGAUCCAAGUAAAAGUAUUGUACAUCAUAUAGUUUUUUCUUUUUUUUCUCUUAAAUUAACUAGCUAAAUUAACUAAUUGAGUUUAAUUUCCAAGUUAUACAUCAAUAAUCUACCUGAAUUUCUGUACUUGUAGGUUGCUAUUUCCAUGCCUGCUAGCUCAUUAAAAACUGUAUUUUUGCUUCUACAUAUCUGUUGAAAACAUUUUAACAAUUUUAACGCUUUUAACACUAAUGAAAUGUUUUACAUUCGGUAUGACAAAUGUUGAAAUUAUUUAGAGGAAAUAAUGUUAAAAUGCAAAGUUGUGAAAUUGUCAUUUGUGUUACAUUGGGAUUUUAUCCUUAAUAUAUUUUGUUAUUUACAGUAAUGUGUUUUUUUUUCACAAUAAAGAGCUGCCCAAUUGA